UGGUGCUAUAGCUGCACACUAAUCUUUCUAAGCUAAAUAUGGCAUCUCCUACUGCUACCGUUGACAACUUCCCCCCUGCGGUCAGUGUUCAGGAGCUCAUCAAACAGCCUUUCGUCUCAGUCCCUCAAAGCUAUGUUCAAUCUGAUCAAGGAAUCUUCAAGCCUGCAGAUUGCUUUCCAUCAGUUCCCACUAUUGACUUGAAACUCCUGCUUUCAGAGGAAACUGCAGCUUUGGAGCUUGAAAAGUUGCACUCUACUUGCAAAGAAUGGGGCCUUUUCCAGUUGGUGAAUCAUGGAGUUAGCUCUUCAUUGCUGGAAAAUAUGAGGAACGAGAUUGAAGAAUUUUAUAAUCUUCCAUUAGAGGAGAAAAUGAAAUACAAGAUAAGGCAAGGUGAUGUUGAAGGGUAUGGAACAGUGGCCACAAUAGGACGAACUUUUGAUUGGGGUGAUAGGUUCUACAUGAUAACCAACCCUAUCCAUAGGAGAAAGCCUCACCUUCUCCCAGAGCUCCCUUCAUCUCUGAGAAAUAACUUGGAAAGUUAUAUACUCGAACUGCAAAAACUAUCCAUGAAGCUUGUUGGGUUUGUGGCAAAAGCUUUGAAGAUAGACAGAAAGGAGAUGGAGGAGAUGUUCGAUGAUGGGAUGCAAUCUGUGAGGAUGACAUAUUAUCCUCCAUGUCCACAACCAGAGCUAGUUCUUGGCAUUUUUCCUCAUUCAGAUGCAACUGGCAUCACAAUCCUCAAUCAGAUUAAUGGGGUGGAUGGUCUUCAGAUUAAAAAGGAUGGGGUUUGGAUCCCUGUGAGCUUCCUCGAAGGUUCUCUUGUAGUAAAUGUGGGAGACAUACUUGAGAUUUUGAGCAAUGGACUCUACCAUAGCAUCGAGCACAGGGCAGCAGUGAAUUCAGAGAAAGAAAGGAUUUCUAUUGCAUUUUUCGUCAACCCCAAAUUUGAGGCAGAGGUUGGGCCUGCAGCUAGUCUGAUUAACCCUCAAAACCCACCAUUAUUUCGAAGAAUUGGGAUGGAAAAAUAUGUCAAAGAUUUCUUCUCUCGUAAGCUCAAUGGGAAAUCAUACUUGGAGCAUAUGAAAGUUCAGAUUGAGGAUGGCAAUUAGCUAUUUAUCUAUCCAUAUCAAUUAAUGUUAUACAUGUAAUCUCCAUCUAUGAUGAGAUGAUAAUAUAUAUUACACAUAAAAAAAAAGAAAAAAAAAAACUAUACCCAUCGUAUAUAUAUGAAGCAUGUGCAAUGAAAAAUAAAUUAGUCCCAGGAUUAUGGUCUCUGUGCUUAUUAAAAAAAAUGUAUUAUGGUUUGUGUAAUAUAUAUCUUUUCAAUGUAUAAAAGAUAUUUAUAGAAAUAAAAAUGAAGUAUUUAUUAUAAAA